AUUUUGCAGUAUGGCUGAGGGUGAGAUUUCUGUAUUGAAAGAUGCUCUCUUUAAUCAAUGUGUUCUAUUGGAAAAACUUUAUAAUGAAAUUGAAGAGGAAAGAGAUGCUUCGGCAAGUGCUGCAAAUGAAGCUCUCUCUAUGAUUUUACGACUUCAGAGAGAAAAAGCGAUAGAGAAGAUGGAAGCAUGCCAAUACAAGAGAAUGAUCGAGGAAAAACUCUAUCUUGCCGAGGAGCUUUUGGCAGAUCUUGAAGAAGUUGUGCAGCAGAAAGAAAUGGAGAUUCAAACACUCAAAAGUCAGCUGAAGGCUUGCAAGCACCAAUCAACAUCUGUUAUUGACGUCAAAGAAAUGAGAAUCUUAGGAAAGCCAUCAACCCUUUGGAAGAAGAAAUGCUUGUUCAGAAGAAACAUUUCAUUACCUGUUCUUCGAUUUGAUUGCUUGUGCCAUGAGCCGGACAUAAUUGAUGAAACCAGCCCUUCACUUCUUACUAGGCAGUUAAUAUCAGGAGAGGAUGGUGAUUACCGUGUCAAACUUGAAAGGAAAUUUACAGAAGGUGAAAAUUCAGAGUUGUUUGAGGACAGUAAUACUGAUUUGAAACAUUCUGAAGAAGAAACGAGGACAUGGAACAAAAAUGUUGAAGAAGGUUGUUGCAAUGGAAGUUUAGUUAUAAAAGAUCCUGUGAAUGUGGAAGAGGUUUCUCCUGCAUGCUCAUGGUAUUCAGCAGUGAGUGGUGAAGGUGUGAGGAUCAAGUUAAAUGGUGAACAUGUUUCACGCCUGCCUUCUCAGUCAGAAAACUCACAGAAACUUUCAGACUGUGGUUCACCAAGCAGUUCAUGUUUGGAAACCGAAUCAAAUGUAACCACAUUCCAUUCUGUCAGUGUUCAAGACAUAUAUGAAGUUCCAGAGGAUCAGAAAGGAGACAAACUUAAUGAAAAUUUCAAUCAAGUAUUGGAAGACUCCAUUCUGAAAGCUAAGGAAAUAUUAAUGCCACACGAAGCUAUGAAUUACAUUCUUAAAGAUGAUGAAUGGUUAAAUAAAGCUCUCAUAUAUUCUCAUCAGGAGAACAAGGUAUCCAAACUUAGGAAGGGGACCUCUAUGAACCAUGGGAAGAGGUUCUUAAUGCCCAUGAGAACUAAAUCCAUGAACUAUCACGUUGUAGAUCCUCCUAAGAAUGAAAUCACUGAAUAUCUGAAAAAUGUUGGACAGCUAAAGUGUCAGCUCCAGCAAUUUGAGAGGGAAAAUGCCACAAUUCAGGGUGGUGCUGACAGAGGCAAAGAGCAGUUGAAGUUGUUGAAGGAGAUAUACAAGCAACUUAAUGUUAUUGAAUCGAAAAUAAGAAACCCACAUGUGAAAAAGCAUGCUCAAGAGGAAGAUUCGAAAUUAGUCUCUGUUAUGGAGGCAGUCCUCUCCUUCUCAAUUUAAUUCUCUCAAACUGGUGCCACCUCUUUUGAAGAGAAGUUGGUUAUAUAUUAACUGGUGCAGCAUCCUGCAGUAGCCAGCGAUGGUUCAGAAAGAAGUGAAUAACCUCUGUGUCGCCAAUUUUAUUCUUUUAUGUUAGCUCAGUCUAUACCAUGAUUGGAUCACGACUCAUGUAGGAAGAUUGUAUUGGAGAA